ACAACGGGAUCGAUAAUAUCCAUGUAGUCUGAAGAAAGUGAUUAUUUCUAUACCUCUUAAAGUGAUAAAAAACCAUUGCCUACGCGUUCUUUCUGUCUCUGGUCUGGUCAUCUAUUUCUAGAUCUUCUCUUAACUGGUCGAAUCUUCCAGUUGCUUUGCUUGAAAACAUGGGUGUCGGUAUGAAAACAAUGGCCAAUACAGUUGCAGUAUUUGGGAUGAAAUCCUUCGUGUAUGGGAUAGUAGCUGAAAACAAAAAGCCACUAUCUGGACAACCACAAAUUUCGAGAGGAGCUGAUCAUAUUAUUUGCAAGUAUCCAUCUGACCCAACUGUCGUUCUAGGCUUCUUAUCUAUUGCAUCACUUGCUGUAUCAGUUUUGGUUGGAUGUUACUCCGUUUUUUAUCCUUACAAAGGAAAGUCUGUUCCUCGUUAUGUUUUCUUCCGAAGCAUGUCAUUCUUCGUGUUUUUCCUGAUCACUGUGGCACUGUCCUUUUUGGCUGCAGGGAUGUUGUCUUGGGUAACGAUCACCGAGCUCCUUCAUUUAACUAACAAUGUUCAUAAAGACAUGAACACAACAUGCCCUACCGCCAAGUCUGGACUCUUAGGUGGUGCUGCUUUGAUGGCCCUCAAUGCUUCUCUCUUCUGGUUGAUCUGCCUCAUGCUUGCUGAUGAUGUCAGAACAGACUACUUUGAGGAACAAGACGACAGCAGAGCUCAGGUUUUCUCAACAGACUACAACGCCAAGCAGCAGAGCAAGGUUUGAGAGUAGUUCAGAAAUGAAAAACAACUGGCCUGCUUUUUUUUAUUAUGCUUUCACGCCUCUUUCUAGUAAAAAUAUGAAAGAAUGUAUUGCAAACUCUUGGAUGACUUCUUUCUUGACAUAUCGAUUUACAGAUACCUCUCUAAAUUGAUGAAAUAA